AUGAUGGACACCACCCCCUCUCUCGCGAAUGAUGAUGGAUACCACCCUCCUCUCGCCCCCCGCUCUUCUGUAACAGACGCACGAGGCAACUGCAGGGGCGUGAAAAUUUCGCCAUGGCUGUCUGUCUGGUGUCUGUCUGGUGUCUGCGCGCCCUAAAUACCCAGCAGACUCGAGCCCAUUUCACCAUCUCGGCACCAAAUUGCAAACUAAAACUUGCGCACAACAAGUAACAUUUUGCCCGAGCUGUCCCAACCGCUUCCUUUGCAAUCCGUGGUCGGUGUCUCGAGAUAGCACACCGUUUGUGCAAAUAUAUAUGUCCCAUGGACGCAUCCCCGGGAGGCGUCGUCAUUUUUGUUUUUCUCUGGGCAACAAACUACACGCACGCAAGAAACCACGACGCACUGCCGUGCUGCACACAUUGCUGCUGCUACUGGCAAGACACGCACUACACAGAGACAGGGAACAUGGACAAGGGGGGCGGGACACACACACAUACUGCUGUUGGCGACGGCGGAGGAAGCGGGGAACGUUUGGUUGGUCUGGGGUUCAUCGCUGAUGAUGUUGUUGUUGUUGUUUCCGUUGUUUGUUGUUGUUCAACGCUGCCGGCCUUUUUUUCGCCUUUUUUUCUCUGGAGAGAGAGGGAGUCCCACCAACCAGCGUGUGUUGCACACACCACACAGCGAGAGCGGGACGGGAGCAGGGUGUGCCCUAUACUACUGCUGCUGCUAGCUUUCGGCGGAGGAAGCGAGAGGAGAGAUAUUGAUUGGGUCUCUGUGGGUCCAUCGGUUGGUUGUUGUUAUUGUGUUGCGACGCGGCGGGAGGGAGCGGCCUCUGACUCUGCUCUGGAGAGAGGCACACAUACAUCACAGCACGGGACCAGUAACACAUCACGCUCGUUCCUAGACGAU